AUGACAGCACUCGCCUCUGCACCGCGCUACAGCGCAGAUGACUUUGAUACAGCUUCAAUUCGCUCCGCUGCUCCAUCUUAUGUCUCGGAGGUGCCCUCAUACCGUUCGAGGACUACGUAUAACGAGGCGUCUCCAGCAUAUACGCCAAGAGCAACAACUACAACGACAGCCACAACAAUUGCGGUAGCGGGACCGUCACAGAGAAUCUUCUCCGGAGCCUCAAGCUCAUUAACCGGAAGACCGACGGUUGGGCUACCGCCACUUCCACCGUUGGCCUCCCCGAGGGUCCUGAAUGAGCACAACUUUCGUAUUCCCACAUGGUCAGCUGGCAAUGCUCCAGCAGCCCGUCACUACCGCAACGUCGCGGAGAGACGGGCCAUUGAUGGACGACUCCUAGCCGCGGCUGACCUGAUUGGCAUGCGGGACACCACUUCCACGAUUAAUCGGCAGAAUGAGAGCAAUGAAGAUCCUGUUGUCCGUCCGCUAGAAGAUCCGUAUUUAGUGGGCGAGGAAGCUGCGGCUGAAGCCCGUCAGCGGAGGAUAGCCCGUGAGGUUGGCGAGGAGAUGUUGAGGGAAGAGGAUAAGCAGUGGGAUUGGAUGUUGGCCCAGAUGAAGCGCCAGGAACGAGAUAGAAACUGGACCCGGAUGCGACAAGAGGCGGUCAACAGCCGGCGGAAAACGUUGCUUCGACGAAUUGGCGGACGGCUACUAUAA